AUGUCAGUAAACAGACAAAUAUUUAAUCCCUCAAUUUCACCAAUGAAGAAUCAAAUGAAUAAUUCACCAUUAUCCACACCAGAUUCAAUUUUUAUGCAAACACCAGUGACAGGUAAUAAUAGACCACUAAAUACUAGCAGUGGAGGUAUCAAUGGUUCAUCUAAUCCACUUCCUUCAUCAAGAUGGGCAGGAAACCAACAAUCUCCACCACAACAAAACUUUGGUCAAUUUGGAUUCCCAUCACAACAACAACAGCAACAACAACAAAAUAAAAUAAAUAACAAUAACAUUUACGGUCAACCACAAUCACCACAACCUCAUUUAAGAAGAAGCAGUGAAUUUAAUAAUAGCAAUAAUAAUAAUAAUGGAAAUAAUAAUAAUAGUGGUGGAUGGGGAUCUUAUCAAAAUAGCAAUGGCGUAGGCAAUAAGAUGGGAGGAAUGAAACCAACCAACUCAUUGAAUAGCAGCACUGGUGGUGUUAGUACAUCCAUUGGUGGCGGCGGCGGUGGUAGCAAAACAAAAUACUCUAAAGAUGAGUUAUUGAAUCUUUAUGAUCCAAUGGCCAAGAUUCCUGAAAAUUUAAUUUCUCACACACACAUCCUUUCAGAGGAGGUUCAACCACCAAUAAACUUUAACUUUGAAAAUAACCUUUCAAAAUCAAGAGAAAGAACAAGAUUAGGAGGUGGUAGUGGUGGUUUGGGUAAUAAUAUUAUGAACAGAGGUAUAAGAAAAGAUAUGUCUCAUGAUAGAAUGUCAAAACCAAAAUGGGCAAAUUCACCAUCACCAUCAUCUCAAUCUUCUAGUUGGAGAGCCAAUAAGGAUGAUGAUAGAAAGGUAUGGUAUUAUUUAGAUCCACAAAAUUGCACUCAAGGACCUUUCAGUAGUAUGGAAAUGGACUCUUGGAACAAAGCAGGUUAUUUUUCAGUAUCUUUAAUGGUAAAGAGAGGUGAAGGCAAUUUUGUUGAAUUGAAAAAGUUGUUGAAUGCAUAUCCAGAUGCUCCAUUCUCAUCGGUUAGUGAUCUCAAAGUCUUUGAAAAGGAUGACGCAAGUAGCCAAAAUUCCACAGAGAACGAUGAUGAUUCACUUGAUCAUGAUUCCAUCGAAGAGGAGUUAGAAAAGAGAUUUGAAAAGGAUCUUUUGAAACCAACACUCUUUGAUGAUCAAAAGAAAAAGGAUAUGAACUCUUUUGGUCCAUUAGAACCAACUUCACCAACUUCAUCAUCAUCCAAUCCAACUACUACUACUACAACUUCUACCUUUGGUAUUAAUCCAAUUAGUGAUUCUAAUGAUACACCAGCUGAAAGAACUAGUUCUCCACAAUAUCAACAACAACAACCUCAACAUCAACAUCAACAUCCACAACACCAACAACAUCAACAACAACAACCACAACAACAACCACAACAACAACAACCACAACAACAACCACAACAACAACAACCACAACCACAACCACAACAACAACAACAACCACAACAACACUCAAUAUUUGAUCAACAACAUCAUCAAUCACAACAACAACAACAACAACAACAAAUGUGGCAACAAAUGUGGGGACAACAACCACAUAAUCAAUCACAACAACAAAGUGAACAAGCUUACAAAUAUAUGUUAUAUCAACAACAAAUUAUGUUGCAACAAAAAAUUGUUAUGUUCCAACAAUACAUUAGUUCAAUUACCCAACAAUUCCAACAACUUCAACUUCAACAACAAAAUAACCAAACUCAACUUCAACUCCAACAACUCCAACAAUUACAAGAACAUUAUACUCAACAAUGUAUGUUACAUCAACAAAAAUUAAUGCAAAUUCAAUAUCAAUACACACAAUUCCAACCAAUCCAAACACCACAAUCUCAACAAUCCCAAAUCCAACUUUUCCAACAUAUGCUCCAACAACAACAAGCUCAACAACAACAACAACAAGCUCAACAACAAGUUCAACAAGUCCAACAAGUCCAACAACAACAAAACUAUUAUCUUCAACAACAACAAGCACUCUUACUUCAACAACAACAACAAGCACUUUUACACCAACAACAACAACAGCAACAACAACAAGUAGAACAAUCCCAACCAGAAGAACCAUUAGAACAACAAACUGAAGAAAUCAACAUAGAAGAGGACGAAAAUACAGUUGAGCAACCACAACAACCAACCACUGAACAACAAACUCAAGUUGAACAACAAACAACCUCAACCACCACCUACCAACAACAACAACAAGAUAAUGAAGAUGAAGGUGUUUGGACUACAUCAAUUAAACAAAAUAACCAAGAAAAUAAAACAACCACAACUGCUCACCUUAGCGUCCAAACUGAAGAAUUAAAAGCUCCAAUUGAUAUUGAAGAGGAACAAGAAGAAGCUUCCAUUCAAAAUGCUAUUGAAGAAAUUAAUAAUAACACCAUACAAACCACUACCACUAACAACACAUCUACCACUACCAUCACCAAUAAUAACACCACUGCAACCACAACUACAACCACCACAACAGAAACAAAUAUCAUUUCAGCCGCAAAUCCAUGGGCUCCAUCAGAAUCAGUUGUUCCAAAGAAGAAAUCAUUAGCAGAGAUUCAAGCAGAGGAAAGAGAGCAAAAGAAGAGAGAGAUGGAGGAGGCCAAAAUUAGAAACAUUGAAAAUAGCAAAAAUCAUGGUUCUAGCAAUGUUAUGAAAUGGGCAGGUGCAGGCACACCAACUUGGUCAGUAGAUCUUGGCGUUAAAUCAUUAUCAUUAAAAGAUAUCCAAGAGGAAGAGAGAGCUCGUGAAAAGAAAGAACAACCAAUCGUUGAUAAUGCAUCUGACUUUGAAAGAAAGAAACCAGUAUCACUCUCUGAUGUCAUGAGAGAACAAGCCAAAGAAAAGGAAAAGAAACAACAACAAGAACAAUUAGCACAACAACAACAACAAGCUCAACAAGAACAUCAAAAAUCAACUUUCAACGCCUCAUCACCAUGGUCAAUUGAUGAAAGAAAACCAAACAACAACAACAACCAUUCUUCAUAUUCACCAAUUUCAAUCAAUAACAACAACAAUAACAACAUUAACAACGUAUCACAACCAUCUCAACCAUCUCAACCAGCCACUUUAUCAUCUGCCGCAGUCAAUAAGAUGACAAGCAGACCAACUGAUGAUUUCUGGUCAGAACAUACCACCGCCAAACCAUCACUCUCUGUUAGAAGUAAUGCACCAGUUCAACAACAAGUCGGUUCAUUCAACGAAUAUCCAACCUUAAACAUUUUACCAAAUAGACAAGCCACCAUCGUUAGUAAGCAUACACCAGUUUCAACCUUGAAUAAAAAACCAACAACCACAACCACCGUACCAGGUCAAGCUAGACCAGAUUUCAUCAAAUGGUGUCAUCAACAAUUGAAGGCAUUAACUAGCAAUGAUGUCUCUGUUAUCACUGAACUCCUUUGUUCAAUGAAAACUGAAAGUGAAAUUCGUGAAUGCGCUCAAGAAUGUCUUGGUUAUAGUUCAGAGGUCAAUAUCUUUUUGAAUGAAUAUCUUUUAGCAAGAAGUGAUGAACCAGGUUUGGCUUUUGAAAGUUCAAGUCCAGUCAUCACAAUUCCAGCAAAGAAAACAAAUAAAUCAUCUCAAACAAAUCCAUCAAAAACUAAAAAGAAGAAAUAA